UUUAUUGUUGUAGGCGAGUUUGCAACGGUUUAAAACGAUUUAUUUGGGGUUUAAAACGGCAACAUUUGGUUUAAAGCGUUUUAAAACAAUUGUUUUAUAUCUAUAGUCUCAGCUGAGAUUAGUUUAUUAAUACCACCCUUAGUACCUACCUAUGCCACGAGUAGGUACUAAUGAAAUCCGCCCCACAAAGCUCGCCAAUACGCGUCUGUGGCGUGGAUGCGUCAAUACGUAAUUAGUAGUUUGUGUUCCCAGAUAUUUCAAUGUCACAAAUGCGUAGCGAAAUUCCAUUUGAUCAAACCAGCCUUUGACCAAUCCAAUAACACAGACCUAUUUAUUAAUGCCAGUUUCAUUGUGGUGAAUCCGUUUGGGUUUACAAACCUGGACAUGGCGUACUCGGACAUAUUUAGGUGACAAAUGGCUGGUGUCCUGUCUGGGGGUGCUGUAUCUCAGCAAGGGGCUGUUCUACAGAGUGGUGCCUGCAGACCAGAGGAUGGACUCACCGUACGCCGGAGUCUUCAGGUUUCGUCUAUGGUGGUGUGGACAAUGGCUGGAAGUGCUGGUGGACGACCGCCUGCCUACAGUGAACGGGAAGCUGGCAUUCCUGCACACAAACCACACGGAUCAACUGUGGCCCGCCCUACUCGAGAAGGCUUAUGCUAAAUUGCACGGUUCCUAUGAGGCGUUGAAGUAUGGCAGUCUGCUGGACGGGCUGGCGGACUUGACUGGAGGUAUCACGGAGUCGCUAGUAGUGCCCGAGAUCGGGGACCCUUCCGCCCUGGCUUCCCUGCUCAAGACCACUAGCGUAGUCACAGCACAUUACUUCCCUCCCGCAAACGAAGACAAAGUAAAAGGAAUCGAGCUUGAAAUGAACUACAGGAUAUAUAACGUUGAAAAGCUAGAGGCGAUGGACGGGCCAGUGUACCUGGUGCGGUUACGAAGACCCCUGGCUCCGGGUGACACGCCCGUCACACACGUCGUCUUAGACCACGCCGUGUGGAAAUCAAUACCUCUAUAUGAGCGAGAGCGGCUCACGGCAUCGACGAAGGGCUUCUGGAUGUUAUACUCGGACUUCACCCGGGUGUUCUCCCGGCUAGAGAUGGUCCAUCUGGAUUCGGAGACCAGUCGAGCUGAACCCUCCCUCGCGGACAAACACAAGUGGCAGAUGAAGAUGCACCAGGGCGGCUGGAGGCGAGGGGUAUCCGCUGGUGGUUGCCGGAAUUAUGUUCACUUCUUCCACAUGAACCCACAAAUUCAGAUCAUCCUGAACGAACCGGACACUGUGGUAGUGUCGCUGAACCAGCACAGUAUUAUGGAGCCCAAAGUUAUAGGCUUCAGCAUAUAUAAAAUGCCGAAAUUUUUGACUGAGACUGCCUCGCCUUUAUUCUUCAAGAAAAUUAAGAGCGCCAUCAAUUCCCAGUACACGAACAGUCGACAAGUCAGUCAUAGAUGCCAUUUGGAAGCGUCAGCUUACCUUAUCAUGCCGACCACUUUUGAGCCACGGGAAGAAGCCAAUUUUUCAUUACGAAUUUUCUCGAACAAAAAUUUGAAAAUGAAGGUGCUAGACUACGCGCCUCAGAUGCUGAAGGCUGUUGUAAUAAAGGCGCCUCCUGGUGUGGAGACGUCAAGUUUCGCGCAAUACGAGGCUGUGUUCCUACAGUUAGCCGAUGAGCACAGGACUAUAGAUGCCUUCGAACUCCAAGAAUUACUUGAUGCGUGUCUACCAAACGAUUAUAUCAAAAGCUGUGCGUCAAUAGACACCUGUCGACAGAUCGUGCUUUCUAUGGACAAGAAUGGCACGGGGCGCAUUUCCCUGUCAGAUUUCAAAGACCUGAUGUGCAGCUUGAAGCACUGGCAGCUGGUGUUCAAGUCACACGCGCGCGAAAAGAUGGGGGUCCUUCGCGCCGAACGGCUCAGAGAUGCGCUCAGAGAAGUAGGCUUCGCGGUCCCUGAGAGAGCUCUCGCUUUACUAGUACUAAGGUAUAUGAGGAAGGACGGCAUGUUACGCUUCGGAGACUUCGUAUCGGCUGUUAUGCACCUGCAUCGAGCUUUUAACGUUUUCUACACGAACGACCCUUCUCGGACGGACAACAUCAACUUGAAUCUCUCAGAGUGGUUAAAAUGCGCGUUAAUGUGCUAGAAGGAGCAUCGAACGAGGUUCUACACGAUAGCACGACACACGGCGCUGUAAGCACCUGUUGGGGUGCACAACCAAUAAUUAGUGACGAAAUUCCUGCAAUCACGAGGGUUGACAGAAGAAAUCUCGAAUUGUAGAAUCAAGUCUUUUAAUGAAAAUAAAAGGCUGAAUAAUAAAAUCAACAUCAAAUACUUAUUUUGUGAGAAAAUGACUAUAUGUCAAGGUAUUUUUUUAAAUCUUGUAAUAUAUCAAAUUAACCAAAAUAAGUUUGGACACCACAACGCAGGACAAUUAUUUAUAACUAAUAACAUAACUCAACGAGAAUCUAACUUUUUUAACUAACCAGCCAUGUACGCGACUAGUUGGGUAGUUUCCUAGGUCAAAAAUAAAUUAUGAAAUACUGAUUACUAAAUACAGACACAUACAAAACGUUUUCUUUUUUCUAUUCAACUUAUUUAUUAAUUUUAAAAAAGAAACGUGAAAUAAUAAGUGCGACAUUUCGUCACGUUUUUUUAUUACGUCCCAGGUUGCUUUUUCAUAUAAAUUCCAUAGUAAUUUCGUAUUUUGACGUUUAGUAAAAAGUAACUAAUUUGACUAGUUGGAAACUACCCUAUUCUUACCGCUAAGAAGUAAUCCGGGGCGCACACAGACUGUCAGUCUCGGUCGCACGAAAGCGUAAAUAAUAAAUUGCUCCAAUAGCUAGUACUUAUAAAAUUAGCGGAUCACAAAAAGAAUCUACUAGUUAGGUACCUACUAUAAAUUGUGAACGUGAAAAUACUCAAAAUGUAAUAUAACUUAAGAAGUGUAAACAUAAAGUUUGUUAUUUGUAAAACGAUCUCUUUGACUUAAGUUUCAGCUACUUUAAGGACAGAGAAAAGGUGUGGGUACAUUACGAAUAGCACAACUCCCCAGAAUAUUUUUCUAGAAAUCACUUUUUAGACCUUUUUUAAGCGACUUCAAAAAAGGAGCUUAUGAAUUUUUAUUAUUAUCAGCCCACACCAUGCCACUGUAGGUCAAAGGCCUCCUUUUCCUCCACUCCUCUCAAAUUUCAAAAUUUUUAGUGGAAAUGCAAUACCUAUUCGGUUUCAGCAAAAAGUUUUUUUACUGGAAUACAAUUUCCAAAUGGUCUGUUUUAAACAUGUUUCCAUUUUGGCCCUACCUAUGGAUUAGUCCCUGUAGAUUAGGCAGUUUUUUUUAUUUACACCUAAUUUAUAAAUUCAUAUUUUCAUGACAUUCUGCAUUCCUUCAACAGCUCUAUUGCUAUAACUGUUAAGGUAUCAGUUUUGUAAAACUAAGAAUUUGUAAAUAAUUAUACUUUUUGGUGGUUUUUAGGGUUCCGAACCUCAAAAGGCAAACUGGAACUCAUAGGAUCACUCUUUCUUUUAUUUUCUUUAUGAUGUUUCCACCGAUUUGGUUUUGACAUAAGUUUCUUUUUACAUGCUUUUGCAUGAGGAAUUUAUAUUCCAGUUUUUAUAUCACUGAAUUGUUUUUGUACAUUUGUAAUAUACAUAAUUAUAUUUAUUUUAAGAAAAGUGAUCUGAGAUCAAAGUAAAUUUAGUAAUGUAGUAAAUAGAAUUUGGCUUUUUAUAUGUCACUUUUCCAUUUUGACAUGUCAGAACACUAUCCCAAUCAUCGGACAAAUAAUAAAUAUUUUAAGACGCA